AUUCCGAACUCGAGAUAAAAGCAUAUCUCUUGAAUUGCACGUCGUCCUCGGGACAUCUCAGAGUUCACUGACUUCUUAGUGCAACAUGUGUGUAUUUAAUUUUUGACACAUUUUUUGAUGUUUUAUCCCUUCAACUUUUCUCGAAAACAGGUUCGGUACUACUCCGUAAUGUGGUUUGAUUUUCUUGAAAGAAACUAGUCAGAUGCAAAUGCGUCAAAAUACGUCAUAAGCUUAGCAACCAUCAGCUGCGAAACUAUACACUGAUUUACAUUUGCUAGCUCUACUUGAUUACUGGCGUAGAUAUGACGUCACGGGCACUGUGUACAUGAAGAAAUGGUGGAAAGAGUGGAAAGUGAAACAAAACUUUUAGAUGACCAUUUUAAACAUUUUGUAUUUUGGAUUAGACCCCCCAUAUAAACAAUGGUCAUGGCAGAGAGGUCAAAGAGCCAAGUGCGGGUUGGAUUUUACGAUAUAGAACGCACAAUAGGAAAGGGAAAUUUUGCCGUUGUUAAAUUGGCAAAACACAGAAUAACCAAAACUGAGGUUGCUAUCAAGAUAAUUGACAAGACCCGCCUCGAUGAAUCCAACCUGAAGAAAGUGUACCGAGAAGUCACCAUCAUGAAGCUUCUAAGUCACCAACAUAUCGUAAAACUAUAUCAGGUCAUGGAAACUAAGAACAUGCUGUACCUUGUGUCGGAGUAUGCUCCCAAUGGAGAGAUCUUUGAUUACAUAGCACAGCAUGGUCGGAUGAGUGAAAGCGAGGCACAAAAAAAGUUCUGGCAGAUCAUCAACGCUGUAGAGUAUUGCCAUAAAAACCAUGUUGUGCAUCGCGACCUGAAGGCUGAAAAUCUACUCCUGGAUGCCAACAUGAAUAUCAAAAUAGCAGAUUUUGGGUUUGGUAACUUCUUUACGGGUAAGGAGCCCCUGGCCACCUGGUGUGGAAGCCCGCCGUACGCCGCCCCGGAGGUGUUUGAAGGAAAGAAAUAUCUUGGUCCACAAAUUGACAUCUGGAGCCUGGGCGUGGUGUUAUAUGUGCUGGUUUGUGGCGCCCUUCCGUUUGACGGACAGAACCUUCAGGUCCUCCGAUAUAGAGUUCUAUCGGGUCGAUUCCGAAUCCCGUUCUUUAUGUCUCAAGAAUGUGAAAGCUUGAUCCGGCGCAUGCUUGUCUUGGAGCCGACGAAGCGCUACACCAUCAGUCAGAUCAAGAAGCAUCAGUGGAUGCUGAUGGAGGGCGGUGCUCCCCGGGCAGCCCCUCCUAGCCCCCUGAUGGGGUACAGCCCAAAGGUGGGCGAACAUAAUGAACAGAUCCUCCGUCUCAUGCAGGGGCUUGGGAUUAGUCAGCCCAAAACUAUAGAGGCACUGAAGAAUGAUGCCUACGACCACUAUACAGCCAUAUACUACCUGCUGCUAGAGCGACUACGUUCCCAUCGCAGUAGUUUCCCCAUCGAGAGCCGCCUAAACUGCCAGAAACGACGACCUAGCACGAUCGCUGAGCAAGCAAUGAUGCGUGUGGGACCGAACCAGCAGCCCCCGCAGCAUGGGAUGCUGGGAUUGAAACAGUUUGGUCAGUCAACGGAUAGCGGCAUGGGACACCAUCGCGAUAGUGUAAAUAGUGACAUCGAGGGUAUUGGUGGGGGAGGGAUAAACGUGUGCCUUCAGGAUAUCAUUCCACAGCAGACUGGCCCGGUAAUGCCUGCACAGAUGAUUACCACAUCGAUAGAUGAGGGUGUUGAAGCUGAUAUUAUGGACAGCAGAGAUAAUGACAAUAUUUCGCAAAGGGGACAGGCCUUUGCGAAGGAUGGUUGCAUUUUAGUGCCAAGUUCAGCAUUCGGGGACUUUUCACAACUAAGUAAUACUAGUUUGACGUCUUUAGGGACUGGGUCCCCGUUUGCCAGUUUUGACUCGUCUUUCGAGGCUGAUCUUGUCUCUAGCUUGAGUGGGUUUAGUAGCGACCCAUUAAACGGUGGUGGAAUCAACACAAUGACUCCUUUUGGAAACAAUUUCACUCCCACAAAUACCUUCAUUCAGACAGCGCCAGUUGAGAGCUCAUUGACCGAUAGAAGCCAAAACACCUCACCUGUUGAUUUUAGGGAAGGCCGAAGAGCCUCUGAUGGGCUUGUAGCACAGGGAAUUAUUGCAUUUAGACAGAGAUUACAAGAGAGCAUGAAAUGUCCGGGUAUGACGGAGUUGCGACCCGACCACCAGCAGUAUCACAAUGCAUAUGGCAUGAGGAUGGCGCCCAGCAGUCUACUUCAGGAUCAUACAGAAGAAGCUGGGCACCAGAAUAUGUGCAGAAAUGGGGAAACCGAGGUAGAAAAGCAGCGACCACGGCCACUACUAAAGCGUAUGAGCCUGCCAUCGGAAACAGCUGAUAUGCAGCCACAUCGGUUGCUGGCAUUGAAGCAGUGUCAUCAAGUCGAACGGCACAUGGUGGACAGAGUCUCCAGCCAAGAAAGUGUUGCGCCACAGCCAGUGUUCGGAGAGUCAUCAAAGCCUCUCCAGCAGCAGUUACUACAACACCGGCUACAACAGAAGCGUCAGUCUUUCCACCAGAAGCAUUCAGGCAACCCGCAGCUACAUCAGCAGAUGCAGCAGCUACAAUUGGAUGCGCAGGUUCAACAGUCGCUGUUCCAGACCGUGUCUAGUCAUCCACUGACCUCCUGUGAUAGCAGUUACGUCGACGCCUACCCACCGCUUCAAACCUCCAUCAACAUGUCAAUGUCACCAAGUUCGUCUCUAGUCCACACCCAAGCCGAUUCUACUAGUCUCUCACGUCCAAUCAUACGUAAAAUUUCUUACAGACUCGCACAAAUGCAGCCGGUUCUGCCUGAGUGCACAGACACUGAAUUGUUGCCAUGGCAACGAGCCAUACUGGAACAGCAGCAAGGUCAGAGUUCUGAGAUGUUUUCUGCCAAUCAGCCUCAAUUUCAUAACAUUGGAGAACUGGCUGGGGGUCGUAGGUCAGGGUGUGUUAACAUUCUCCAUCCAAUAGACUUUCAGAAACGGACAGUUCAGAAUCAGACAAUAUCUGAAUUAGUGGAUUAUAGUCAAUUAAAUGAGUUUGACUAUGAUUCUUCUCAGAUGGACACUGGGGGUGACCAGGGCUUUUCCCUGGAUAAUUAUGUGCAGACUGAUGAUCUGACAGGUCAAGGUCAGCAGUUGGAGCAGCAGCCAUGUUUUAAAGGAAGUGAGCUGGGCAUGAUGGGAGUUUCUAGCCAUUUUUAUACUCCGGUAUCCCAGCAGCCAACAUUCAAUAUGGCCAUCAAUGAAGAUCAAGUCUCCAUGGAUAUGUCAUAGCAUUUUAGUUUUCGUUUGUUUUGUUAAGUGAUAAGAAUUUGUUAUCAAUAUCUUGUGAAUAUUUUUGCUUCUUUUGUAUUGUUUGAGGAAACUCAAGAAUUAUGAAUUAAAACUGAGUAAUUCAAAAUACAAAAAUACUCAUGGUAAAUGUAGAAUACAAUCAAUGUAGUUGUAGUCAAAUUGUAAUCAAUUUACAUCAGUAAAUUUGGUAGUCAGAUUGUAAUCAAUUUACACCAGUAAAUUUGUUGUUCACCUCCAAAAUCUAGUCAUUAAGUGGUGGUUAAACUAUUCAAUAUUAUAGAUUUUUAUAUAAACUUUUCUACUGUCAUUCAUAUUUUGUUGACGGAUUAAAUUUUUUUCUCUGUGCAUUUGAGAGAUUUUACCGAGAAGAUGUUAAUCUAUUUGCAGUAACAAUAAAGCAACAAAUAAUGAAUGCAUGCUUCAUUAUAACAUGUUAUUGCAGCAAGAUUUUUACCAUGUUAAAAACAUGACAAUAAGAUUAAAGAUUUUAACGACAAAAAUGUCUCAAUUAGGUUCAUGUGAAUUUUUCAUUAAAUGCAUUUAAGUGUGUUCAAAAGAAAUGUCUAUUUUGAUAUCAUAAUUUUUAUCUUGUCUGUGUUUCAAAGUUAAGCAAUUGCCAAAGCCCUGGUGUCGUCAAAAAAAACUUUAAUGUUGGUCAUAAUUUAAACACUCAUUGAUGUUCACAUGAGACUUGGUACUUGUGUUUAUAAUGACAAGAGGCAUAUGAGUAGCAAAUACCACACCUUUGGCUUCAAUAUUCAUUUUGCUUAGAUAUUUAUUGAUUUCUGCCCCUUAGUUUAAAUAUUUGUUGAGUUAUGCCCCUUCACUCAAACUUGUUGAGUUAUGUCCCUUUUUAAGAAAAAUGUUGAGUUAUGUCCCUAAGUUUGAAUACUUGCUGAGUAAUGCCCUUUUUAAUGAUUGUUGAGUUAUGUCCCUUAGAUUGAAUAUUUGUUGAGUAAUGCCCCUUUAUUAAUAUUUGUUGAGUAAUGCCCCUUUAUAAAUAUUUGUUGAGUUAUGUCCCUUAGUUUGAAGAUUUGUUGACUUCUGUACCUAGACUAACUGAGAUAAACAGACAUGUGUUGGCAUCGCUUGCAAUGCUUUCAUGUAUCAUCUGUCAUUCCUUCAUCUUACAAGAUGUUGGCAAAUUUUAUUUCUUGCUUGUUUCUUUUAUUCUUAUUUCAAUAUCUGUACUGCUAAAGAAAUCUGAUAGUUAUCAGGGCUAUUCAUUCCAGCUGUUAACAAAAUAAUGAUAACUCCAGUAGUCUGACAUUUCAUGAUGUCUCAAUCUAUAUGUAAAUGAGAUCUCUGGUUAUUAUGUAGGAGUAUGUUGUUAACUAAAUUAUGAAUACUUAAAUUACAUAACUGGCCAACAGCAUGAUGGAGAUGACACAUUGAUAAAUAAUCCUUGAGUUUAUUUUGAGUGCAUCACUGAAUUUAAGCUUGUCUGCUUCACCAAAUGAAUUGGUAUUGUCAUAGGCUUGGAGACAUUGUCAUCAUAGUGAAAAAACUUUUACCUUGGCUGUAACUCAAGAACCCUUAUAUAUAUUCAAACUGAACAUGAUUUUCAUGUUGCCAGAUACAAUAAACACAUGUAUGGCAAGGCACAUAACUCUAGCUUUGACAAUUAUCAAGUUUUGCCCCUUGUUCACCUGAUUAAAACAAUAAGAACAGGCGAGUGUUUGUGUUUACCCGAGGUUUUUUUAUUUUAAAUGGAGACUUAUAACUGUUGUUAAAUAACCCCGUGAUCUUACACAAUUGUUAAUGCAAGAAAUGGUUCUGAUGGUCUGUCAUGUGCAGGCUUUACUGGGUUGCCCAUAACUUGUGGUCCAUAGUGCGUCAUACAGCAUCCAAAAAAUGUAACUCAUGUAUUAGCCCAGCAGAUGACAUCAUUGCGGCAUGAUUUUGUGAUCAAUGCCAGCCGUAAAAGCGAACUGUAUCUGCUUUUCAUUAAAUGUCUCUUAGAACCUUUCCAGUUUUACCUUUCCCAAUAUAGCAUUAUCACUUUCUUGCAUACUUCGUACCCAAACAAAGACCUAGUCCAUUGAUUAUUGGACAUGGCGAAUGUCUCGAUGAUUAGUCUUGAUGUCAGAAAGGUCUUUUGUACGUCAUCUGUGAUUUAAUUCAUUAUACAGCGCAAUUGUUGGGUAAGAGCUACUGGUCACAGAGAUGUUAGAACAUUCAUUGUAUUGCUGUUUCUUGUUAGAAUGUAAGAUUGACCACAGCUGAUAUACAGAGGUUAAAAGAGAAAAGAUGAUUGAGAUUUAUUCAGCAGACAAUCUUUGGUAUUGGCUUGAAUAGUUAUACUAGUGGUCAUGACAAAUUUGCCUUGAAAUUUGGUGGCAAGACAUAGUUUUUUUCGUCAUUGUCUGCUUUGAACCCUUUUUUUAAUCUGAAUCUCAAGCUAGUCAUGACUGAAGUUUCUAAAAUGUUGACAACUUUUUUUUUUACUCAUUAUGAUUAUUUCCAGUGCACUUAUUUUUUCAUUCACAUUUCUCUGCUAUUUCUGUUUCCCACAACUUGAAUGCAUUUUCUUUUCUUUAAUAUUGAGUAUUAAAGUACCAAAUUUCAGUGACCAAAUGAUAUCCCUUUCAAUACAACAUGAACUUUUUUAUUUUAACGGAUUCACCAGCAUUGACAUAUUUGUUAUACAUUGUUUUUCAUAAUUUGAUGUCAAUGUAAUUGUAAAUGCUAAUUGCGUGCCAUUGACGAUAAAUGACGUAUGCACAGAAUAUUAAGAUGAUGAGCAUACGAUAUAUUUUGUAGAACAGGUGUGAAACGUUAUUGUUGUCAAAUAUGUAAAACUUAUUUUGUAGUCAGACUUCAUAAUUGUCAUAAUGGUGCAAUGUUUUAGUUUUAAAGACAAUGAAAGGGGGGCAAUUCUAUAACUAUUUUUUUUUAUAUUAAACAAGAGUUGCCUUCCCGUAUUAAACUUGAAAUAUACUAUAAAUUCAUGUUAAAAAAGAGAUGAAACAUCUAAACAAAUGUAUUAUUUUUCUUGCAUUAAACUUACUUGUUACCCAAAGAAAAUGUUCAAAUGGGACAUCUUAAUGUACAAGGCAGUGUUUUGAGAUGAAGUGACACACCCCACCACUUACACUUGACAAGAAAGCGUCACUUUAUUGCACUGCUUAUAUAUCUCAAACAUUCACCUUAUAAAUUAUACAGUUUUGGGCAGAUUUUUCAGUGCAAACCUGUUAACGUUAUAGACGGAUUUAUUUCUCAUAUAAGUCUUUGUAAUGUAAGUCAUUAAUUAUUUUAUGUGUUUAUAAUAGUUUGUAAUAUGCAUGACUAUAUCUCUGGUGUAUGAUUACAGAGAAAUUAGCCUAUUACAAAGUUGAAAAUGUUGUAUUUCAUAUCAUACAUACAACUAGGGUGUGUGCUGUAGAUUGGUUUCAGUUUGUUAGGUCUUUUUUCAUGAUUUUGCCUCAAUUUCACGAUAUUUCCCAUUUUCGAGGUCUAAAAUUUGUAAAAUCUGGCAAACAUGGGGUUGGGGGGAAGGGAGGGUGAGGGGUCAGUUUCGUAAGGAGAUUGUUAAGGGCUCUUCUUACUUAGCAGAAACCUGAAUCAAAAUAGAUAGAUAGACUGAUUUUAAUUGGCUCUGCUAACAUAUCACUGAGAUAGACACAGGAAGCAGCUCGUCCAAUCUGAUUGAAAUCAAGAAUAUUAUUCCCUUGUGAAAAUCAGCAGUCUACAGUACUCUAAACAUUUCUACCUUGUUCUAUAUUGAUGAAACUUGUUGCAUUUCAUGUUUGAAUAAUUUUAUAUUGUAUAUCACUUCAUAAGUAGAUUCACUGUUAAUGUUAGACAGUUAUUAUAUAUAUAUCAUAAUGUACAAAAUAUGCAGUAAUGUACAUCUAGAUGUUAUGUUUAAUGCAAAAAGUGCUAAAAAAUAAAUUGUUGAAAUUAU